AUUUGUCUUUUAGGUUUAGGUUGAUUAUACAUUGAUUGUGCAACUUUUGCAAGUUUCACAUACAAUGUAUAGUAUCCUAUUCUAGUUUAAUAUGCUUAUUUGCUGUUUUUGCUGUUUUUGCUUUUCAUUCAACUAAAAUCUUCAUAAUCAAAAUCACUCCAUUUUGAGAAAUGAAAAUCUAUUUUAAAAUAUGGAUGUUUAAUUGCCUUGUUUUGGCUUAUUUUCUUUUUAAAUGUUUCAACUAAAAUGUCUACAUAUCACUUUGCUUGCUAUUUGUGUUUAGUAAAUGAAAACUAUAAAUAGAGCUUAAGUAGAGUGUUUAAUGCAUUAAAGAGAGCUUAAAUAGAGUUUGUUGUGAGCAUUAUAGCUUAUAAGAGAGCUUAAAUAGAGUGUUUAGUUAGUAACUAAUACCAAGAGUCCACACUAAACAUGGGGGGAGCUAAGAAAUCACCUUCAAAUUCAGUUACAACAUUGUUUAAGUGGUGUUUUUCUAGUAGAACCACUUAUGAUAAGUUGGAAGAAAGUGGAAGAGAAAAUAGGGUUUUUAUUAGUGAUGAAGACAAAGGUACUUGGAUUGGAGAUCCUGAUAUAGAUAGGAAGGCUUCUGAGUUUAUAGCUAAGUACUAUGCUUCUAGAGACUCAAACUCUAAGAGCCAAAAUUGAAUGAGUUUAAGUUCUAAUAUUUAAGUGUUAAUUAAAAUAAUAUGAUCAUUAUUAGUUAUUAAUGUUAUGAUCAACUCCAUGUUAUGUAUCAAGCUUUUUGCUUUUAAUAAGAGAUAUUUGAGUUUGUUUGGUUGCUAUGUUGAGUUCUUUCUUUGUAGCUCAUAUACUUUUGUUGUAAUAACUUUUUCUGUCUAUUUAUUAGAUUUUCAGUCUACUUCACACCAUUUCAAAUGUAAAGACAAUUUUUAAUUUAUGGUUAGUCCACUCUGUCCAACUGUGUUGGAUGAGAGAAAGUUGUUGACUGUAUAAGUGAAUGUUCAAAGAAGAGAAGGUUUGAGUUCUAAUGGUGGCAGAAUUUUGAUGAACCAAAAAGAAUGGCUUUGAAGCUAGUUUGGCUUGCAUACAAUCACUCUCUUGUAUUAGCAACCGUCUUUUUGUCUACGUUGGAAAACAACCCUGCUGCAAACCUACCCUGCUGCAAACCUUCUAUGAGAUAAGGAUAUUUUAACCUAAGUAGUAUGAAUGUUCAAUUUGUUAGUGAACAUAGUUCGCUUUCAAGUGACUUAGUUAUUAAUAAGAAAAGUGUUAUAAGUGUCCCCAAGGAAUUUAUCAUGAUGCACAUGAUAUGGAGGAAAUUAUAUAUUUGGUUUUGGUAAGUUUCGGUUUUGGAGGAAUCAAUGUUGAACAUCAUUUUAAGGUCGAAGUUUCUAUUGGUUGGCUCCACUAUAUUUGGAUUUGGUUAUGUGAGUUCUUCAAGGAAUCAAGUGAUCGUUCAAUGCUAAUUGUAGUUAUUGCUAGAAGCUGUGAAGAACCCCAGUGCUACCUCGAAAUAUAUGGAAUUCUUUUGUAUACACUUUUUUGAUGUGUUCCUCUCUUGGAGUAGUGGUGAUUGGAGCUACAUAAUACAAUUUUGUGUUGCUGAUUACAAUUGGUCUGCAGAAGUUUACAAGAAAUCAACAAUGCAUUUGGUCAUUAAGCUUACUGCCUAUUUCUAGAUAUAGUUGAUACUCUUAUUUGAGGAGAGCUUGUAUCAUGGGUGAGGUGGCAGUGUUGCACUCUGAGCCUUUGCACUUUGAAUGCAAUGACACCAAACCUAUGACAGAAGAUGUCUAUCCUCCAAAUUCAAAUCCAGAAUCCUUGCCCGGAGAAGAAUCAAGUCAAUCUAUAAACACAAAUGAUUUACAAGAUAAAGGAUAUAUGGAACAUGGAUGCCAACACUACAGGAGAAGAUGUCGAAUCAGGGCCCCCGGUUGCAAUGAGAUUUUUGAUUGCCGCCAUUGUCACAAUGAGGCAAAAAAUGAUAUCAACAUAGAUUUGAAGCAUAGACAUGACAUGCCCCGACACCAAGUUAAACAGGUGAUAUGUUCACUUUGUGGCACUGAACAAGAGGUUCAGCAAAACUGUACUAAUUGUGGUGUUUGUAUGGGCAAGUACUUCUGUCAGACAUGCAAGCUCUUUGACGAUGAUAUAUCUAAGCAGCAGUACCAUUGUAAUGGCUGUGGAAUUUGCAGAACUGGUGGACAUGAGAAUUUCUUCCAUUGUAAUAAGUGUGGUUGUUGCUACUCAACUCUGCUGAAAAACAGUCACCCCUGUGUGGAAGGAGCAAUGCAUCAUGAUUGCCCUGUUUGUUUUGAGUAUUUGUUUGAUUCAAGAAAUGAUGUCAUUGUUAUGCCGUGUGGACAUACAAUCCAUAAAAGCUGUCUGAAUGAAAUGAGAGAACAUUACCAGUAUGCAUGCCCUCUCUGUUCAAAGUCUGUCUGUGAUAUGUCAAAAGUUUGGGAGAAAUUGGACAUGGAGAUUGCUGCCACGGCAAUGCCAGAGUCAUAUCAAAAUAAAAUGGUUUGGAUUCUGUGCAAUGACUGCGGAAAAACUUGUCAUGUUAAGUUCCAUUUUGUGGCUCAAAAAUGCCUCAACUGCAAGUCAUACAAUACGCGACAGACGAGAGGUUGAGCAAAUGGCAUUCAAUUAUGGAUUAGUUUAUUCAUAAUGAAAUGAAAGUUUCCAUUUCAUUUCAAUUGAUUUAUUUUGAAGGCAGUGGCUCUCAAUGCUGUCGUCUCUUUACAAAGGAUGAUAUACACUUGUGGAAAUUUCAAUAUUGGAAUAAUGAAUGAUUCUUCGUUCUCAUUGUAUUAAUUUGUUGUUUCAUGGAGACUUUGGGACGCGUAGUUGUUUCAUUCUUGUAUUAAUGUGUAAUUUUUUUUAUUAUUUAACUAUGUGAGCUAGCUUUCUUUAAUAAAAUGAGGUACUAAUGGGGGUAUUCCUUUA